AUGCAGAUUAUGACCAAACUUCUCGAAGAGGGCCAUGAGAUUUUCGCCUUGGAUUGGCUUGGUCAUGGACUAAGCGACAAACCUAAGCAUCACGAAUCUGUUACAUUUGAGCUGCACAUGCGGACAUUAAUUGCCUUUUUCAACCAUGUGCAACUCAAAGACGCCAUCCUAGUAGCACACAGUUGGGGCGGGUGUGUGGCUCUAUGCUCUAUUCCUCGUCUCCCUUCAUCAUCAUGCAGUGGCCUCUUUCUCAUCAACUCAUUCUUGCCGCAUCGACCUCACGAGAUGAGUCGGAACUGUCGUCUUUUAUAUGCAGUCUGGUUCCUCUUGAGUAGAGUCUUGGAUGGUUAUGUGUCUGAAUCCACUAUCACACGAUUCAUAUCUCCAGAUAUUUUGGAGGGAGACGUUGAAGGAUACGAAGCACCUUACCGGCACCUAUCCGCGAAUGCUAGACCUAGUGUCGAAGAUUUUGCAUAUAUGGGCACUGGAAUACCGCAUUUUCUUCUAAAAGAUCUUCGUGAGACACCGCUGUGGAAGAUAUUUGAAGCUAUUUGUGGUCCAAGGAACUUCAGUGAGCUGAGCGCGUUAGCGCUUCUAUCAGAGAGGGGUGACAAUGCGAGAAGUUACUGGCAAAGUCAACAACCAAGCAAUUUGCAGGAAGCUGCGGAGAGCAGACUCAAAAUUGCUGUUGUAUUUGGAGAACGUGAUCCAUUGGUCGAAAAUUACAAGGAGACCCUUGUGCGUGUCAUUGGCAAGAACAACAUGGCGGACUGGGCACCCGAUGGUAUCUGGCUCCAAAACGCAGGUCACUACCCCAUGGAAGAUAAGCCUGAGGAUGUUGCACGAUUGAUAGCUAGAUUGGCCUAA